UUUGGUGAGUUGUUGGCUCAAUCUAGUGAUGAGGAUGACGACGGUCGCCUAGAUCGAGUAAGCGGUGCGCCCUCUGUUCGAUCGAAGGCUUCUACUAAACACAGUCACAUGAAAGACAGGAAACCCAAAUCCCUGGUCGAGGAACUGGAGUCUGUGGCUGAAACCAGUGGUUUGUGCAAGCGAGCGAGAAAGCGGGCGCAGCGCCGAACUGAGAAUGGCGAUGACGAUAACUUGAGCGACUCUAGUAGCAGCGCAGACAGACUGAUCGCCCCUCUCGGUGCUAAGCGGAAAGUGCGAUUCGCUGACAAUGCUAGUCUAGCUUCAACCAAUCGUCCAGACACCAAGCGCUGGCGUACCGGGACAUUCAACACUGGAGCCAGAUCCUCUGAUCUUUGGCUGGUUGAGGCUAAUCCGGAGACAGGGGAUGUACUCGACCUAUCUGAUCCGAGGGCAUUGGCGCGACACACGGCGAUUGCCUCGGAUGCUGCAACCGCCAAGGCAAUGACCGAUGCUUUCCGUGCAGCGGAAGCCUCAAAUCAUGGCACUCGGCCGAAAACCAGCACUCCAUUCCCCAUAGUUAAUGGUCGUAUUAUAAUUGACGAAAGUAACAAGCACUCUACUUCAGAGCCGGAUUGGUCUGUUCCGGUAAGUGACGAAGAGGAUGAAGCAGAUGCAAACUCUGGUGUUGCUGCUGCUGGUUGGUCGCACGAACCUGCCGGUGCAAAUACACGGAAGUCGAAGUCUAUCCCCGUCCACAUUCCUGGCCGUGAGUUUGCUUCGUCCAAGGCACGAGGUGAUAUGCGUCGUCCCGGUCAACCUGAUCCCUAUGCGUAUAUCACUCUCGGCGCAGGGUUAGGUAGUAUGACCGGGAAGGGAAGGACAAACGCACAGGAACGUCGGCGUCUUCUAAAAGCUGUCGGUAUUGGUAGACAGAGACGAAAGAUUCUUCAAAAUCCCGGUUCGGAUUCUGCACGAUCAAAAUCUAUCAGGCGAAGUAAGAAAUCAGGAAAGCUUGAAAUUGAAGGAGGCCGGGGUAUUCGACGUAAACUGAAUCUGAAGUAA